AUGACCGCCUCCCAGGAUACAGCAGUUCCUCCGGCCAUGGGGCCUAAGAUUGCCAUCAUCGGUGCUGGCCCGGCUGGCUGCAUGCUCGCGAGACUCCUCCAUCGGGCCAAUGUGAGCGUCACCGUGUUUGAGAGCGAGGCGUCCCUCGAUUUUCGAUCCCAAGGCGGGACACUGGACCUCCACACAUCGACCGGCCUCCUUGCCAUGAAAGAGGCCGGAUUAUGGGACGAAUUCCUCGAACACGCGCGAUAUGACGGGCAGUACAUCGCCUGGGUCGACCGGCACGCGCGCCAGCAUUUCGUCAUGGGAGCCUCCAGUGCGCGGAGCGACGUCCAGGAACGGCCCGAAAUCGACCGCGCGCAGCUGCGGCGCAUCCUUGCGGCAUCCCUCCCCGAGGGCAUGAUCAAGUGGGAUCAUCGUCUUCGGCGUGUCGAGGCGCCCAACACGCUCGUCUUUGACAAGCUGACGACGUCUGACUUCGACCUCGUCGUGGGUGCCGAAGGCGCCUGGAGCAAAGUCCGCAAAUUCGUCAAGCCCGACGUUGAUCCCACCUACACCGGCAUUGGGCUCUACGAGCUCAGCAUUCCGAAUGCCAGCGUGACGGCGCCGGAGCUCUAUCAGCUCGUCAACAGGGGCAGUGUUUUCGGUCACGCGGAUGGAAAGCGCCUCUCGAUCCAGCAGAUGGGCGACGGCAGCCUCAACGUUUACGUAUCAUCCCUGAAAGACGGGGCGGACUGGAUGAGGCCGGAGAAGUGCGGGCACGACACGUCAGACCUGGCAGCCGCCAAAGAGGCCUUGAUGGAGGAGUAUCGCGACUGGGACAGCACCAUCACCGACGCCAUCCUCAAGCCACAAGGGGCCUGCAAGACGAGGUCGCUGUACAUGCUGCCCGUCGGCUUCCGAUGGGAACACCACCGAGGUGUCACCGUCAUUGGCGAUGCGGCGCAUCUCAUGGGGCCCUUUGCCGGGGAGGGCGUCAACGUGGCCCUCGAGGACGCCAUGAGGCUGGCGGCGUCCAUCAUCGCGGCCGCCCAGAACACGGAGGAUGGGAAGGAGACACUCGACCGGCAGGUGGACGCCUUUGAGAAGGACAUGUUCCCGCGCAUGGAAAAGGUGCAGCGGCUGACGGACGAGCUGAUGCACGAUUACUUCCACACGCCGGGUGUACCGCAGAGCAUCAUGGCGCGGGUUCUGACGAGGCAUGUCAAGUUUUCGACGCCGGCGGUACUGCACCCGCUGGCGACGUUGGGGGUGCAUGGUUACCUGUUUUGGAACAGCCUGGCCUCCAGAUGGCGGUAG